AAUUAGAGAAAAGUUGUUCCUGGCAUAAUUUUUGCAGACUCUUUCUUUUGCAUUUUUGACACAACACGUCACAUGACUAAACUCACAUGUGAUUUCCUGUCUUUUUUUUUUUUUUUCUCUCUUUUUACCAAUCAAUAAUUACGCUGGCAAGAUUUCUGAUUUACAAGACCAAGAUUUCUUACACUAACUCCUCCUAAAUCUUUCAAGCCACAUCCACCAAACUAGGCACAGACCUUCAUACUGUUCUGACUAAGUGUGCUAUAUCUUUUCUAACUGAGCGGAAUUAAUUUUUUCUCACAUUCACACCAAUCCAUUUCCGUUUGAAAAUUCCAAUUUGGUUUCCAAACAUUUCAGUUUCCUUUCCAUUUUCAGUUACCUGACUGCAUUGUUGGUCUGACCAAUUAAUUGUAAAUUAUGGAGAAUGGAGCAACUAGCGAAAUUUCAGUGAAGACAGCACCUUACAAAUCAAUGAAGAUACUGAUGGUACCACUGGUGGUUGUAGCAUUAUUGCCUCUAUCAUGUCUUGGGAUCAGCAACGAAGUGGAUUACGGGAACUGGAACUACAGAGAGGGAGCGGAGAAUGUGAACGUGGCUAACAUACGCAGUGUGACUCGAAUACUGGAUGCCUGGGGCAAACGCAUAUUCAAAGAUAUCAAGACUCUCUUACACUCACAACCCAGUGCCCUUCUACCAGACUACUCCAGGGUUCGCCCUCUCUCUGAAUCCCUAAAUGAUCUCUUCAGAGAAGUCUCCCACUUACAGAGGCGUAUCACAGACCUUAACAAUCGCCUAGCAACCCUAGAACCCUUCCUCCGUCAUCAUGGUUACCGUGAGGAAGGAGAGGAUGGAGAGGAAAGCAAGGAGCUGCCUCCACUGAGUAUGAGAGCGAUGGGACCAAGCCAAGCCAAGUAUCCACGGCGGUACAGGGUUCGAGUGGUCCGUCCUGUGAACCGGGUGGUACGCACUAGGCGAGUAAGAGUGUUCAAUAAUGAGAAUGGAAAGGUCAAAACGAGUGAGAGUGAGAGGUAGAGAGAUAGAAGGUGAGGAGAGCAUAAAAGUUGUUUAUCAAUAGAAAGGAGAGAGAGAGAGAGAAGGAUCUGCAAAUAUAAUAACCAAAUAUGUUGUUUAUACUGUUUCAUGGAUACUGUUCUGGAAAUAACUUUUAUACUACAGAUUAAAUAAACUGUAAUUCACAUAUCAGACAUACUAGCAGUGAUACUUGAGUACCUGGACAAAACAAGCUAUGAAAAAAACAAAAACAAAAAAAAGUUUAUGUACGGCAGAGGAAUUAUUUUGGAUUAAUCUGUUAAACAUAUUCAGGGGUAUUCUGUUACAUUUUGGUGAAACCUCCUGGUUCUUCCAUUUUCUCACAAAAUGUGUUUUCCUUGUGAACUGUAAUGUUAACUAUUAAUAAUAAACACUGACAAAUCUAACAUUCAGUCAAGUAAGAAAAACAUUAGAAAACAGGAUUGUUUCAAACUGACUGUCAGCUCUGAAGAAAAUUAUGGUGUUGACAAAAUAGCUAUGCUUGAAAAUCACCUGUGUUGACAUACAGAAGCCAUUUUAUUUUUCUGGUGUUGCUCACUACUAACUGAACCUACCUAAAAUGAGGGAAAUUAUAUUAAAAAAAAAUAAAAUAAAAAAAAUAUAAAACAAAACAUGUGGGUGACAAAUGGUUGUGACAGAAAAUCAGAUAAAUCAGGGUCAGAUAUUGCUCUGUAAUUACCACACAUCCGGGGAUUUAGACAAUCAGACUGCUCAUCCGGGUUCUCCUGCUUCUCGGAUCACUGUGCGAUCUCUGCAAGUAAGCUAAUAAAAUUAUUUAAACUCAAA